CGGGGGUCAAUUCAAGUCAUGCAGGCUGUAAGAAACGCGGGGUCGUGUCUCCUGUGGACUUGGCCCCCAGACAACUGGGGUCAUGGUCAGGACGCCGGCCCGGAUCAUCCACACAGGCGCCCGGCAGCUGCAAGACACUGCGGUCAAGCAGGAAGUUGAAGAGAAGACGGCAGCUCCCAGACACACCAGCUUCAGCAUUUACCCUCCUAUUCCAGGAGAGGAGAGCUCUCUGAAGUGGGCAGGAAAGAAGUUUGAGGAGAUCCCAAUCACACACAUUAAAGCAUCCUACAACAACACACAGAUCCAGGUAGUCUCUGCCAGUAACCAGCCCCUUGGCCAUGCUUCCUGUGGCACAGAGGGAUUUUGGAAUGCCAGGAAGGGCACAAGCAUCACAGCACAGACAGCAGGCAUAGCCGCAGCGGCGAAAGCUAUCCAAAAGGGUGUGACCCACAUCCGAGUUGUGGUGAAAGGCCUGGGGCCAGGACGCUUGUCUGCCAUCAGUGGACUGACCAUGGGGGCCUGGAAGUGAUCUUAAUCACAGACAACACCCCCAUCCCGCACAACGGCUGCUGUCCCAGGAAGGCUCAGAGGCUGUGAUGGGAAGGAAGCCUGCACUUGGACCUGGCGUCAAGCCUCAGCUCCAGUGAGACCUUGUAGAAAGCUCCCUGCCAGAGCUCUAUCCAGAAUAUGCUUGUUGGAGAUCCUUCAGACAGUAAGGGUGAGCUUUGCCUCCUUACACAGUGGCCUUUGCUUAUACCCCCAGCUGGAGAUAACUGUGCCCCAGAAGUGACAUUUGCAUCUUGUGACAAGAGGGGAGCUAUGGGGGCAGCCGUAGCCUAGGCCCAAUGUGUGCUCUGAGAAAAUAAAAUAUCUGUACCGGCAAAAAAUAAAUA